GGACGGGUUAUUGGAUUUGAAUUUUUAUUUUAUUUUAUUGUUAUUUCCAUUCUCGCCCAGGCUGUUCUCGGUCACGACGGUCCGACGCGGGAGAAUUGGGAAGAUCAACUCCUCAAUCAAAUCCCAACAUGGCUGAAACCGAAAGAGCAGAGCCGGUCAUUGGGUCCUAUGUCGAAAAAUGUACAUGUAGCAACAGCCGCCAGCACUGGCUGAUGGGCCUGGUCUCCCCGAUGCGGCACACAAAAUACUCCCAUAUAAAAAUGCGGCUGCAUCCCUCCUCCUUGCCAUUGCCUUGAAUCCCUCCUUGAAUCCCUCCUUGAAUCCCUCCUUUUAGGCUUUUGGGUUUGUUUCCUCACUUCGUUUCAGCUGCUUUCCAAAAAGGGGCCCCCAAUCCUUUCAAAGUACCUCACAGAAGGCCUCCUCGACAGCCAGCCAAGUUCCCUGCGCAAAAGGGCUUGGAUCCUCUCUACGUCCCCCUUACCCCCCCAAACACAAAAAACCACCCCACACACCGACUCAAGUCCAACCCAAGCCGGCUGAAUGGGUUGUUCGUUUAGUUCCCCCAGCUCUAAGUCAAGCUCUCAGCCUCCUGCUCACCCUGCUCCCAAACCGGAGUCUAAGAGCAGGAGCACAACCAACAUCGACAACAUGUCUCUUCCCAAGGAUUUCCUUUGGGGCUUCGCGACAGCGUCAUACCAGAUCGAGGGUGCUAUCGACAAGGAUGGUCGUGGGCCGUCCAUUUGGGAUACAUUUACUGCAAUUCCGGGUAAGGUCGCAGACGGCAGCUCGGGUGUGACGGCAUGCGACUCAUACAACAGGACGCAGGAGGACAUUGACCUGCUCAAGUCUGUUGGUGCCCAGUCGUAUCGCUUUUCCAUCUCGUGGUCGAGGAUUAUCCCCAUUGGUGGCCGUAAUGACCCCAUCAACCAGAAGGGCAUCGACCACUACGUCAAGUUCGUAGACGACCUGCUCGAGGCCGGCAUCACGCCACUCAUCACCCUCUUCCACUGGGAUCUGCCGGAUGGAUUGGACAAGCGGUACGGUGGGUUGCUGAACAGGGAAGAGUUCCCCUUGGACUUUGAGCACUAUGCACGCGUCAUGUUCAAGGCCAUUCCCAAGUGCAAACACUGGAUCACCUUCAACGAGCCGUGGUGCUCGUCCAUUCUCGCCUACAGCGUUGGUCAGUUUGCGCCUGGCCGCUGCUCCGACCGCAGCAAGUCGCCUGUCGGCGACAGCUCUCGGGAGCCCUGGAUUGUGGGCCACAACCUUCUGGUGGCCCACGGUCGUGCCGUCAAGGUGUACAGGGAAGAAUUCAAGGCGCAGGACAAGGGUGAGAUUGGUAUCACGUUGAAUGGCGACGCCACCUUCCCCUGGGAUCCCGAAGACCCCAGGGACGUCGAUGCAGCCAACCGCAAGAUCGAGUUCGCCAUCUCGUGGUUUGCCGACCCCAUCUACUUUGGCGAGUAUCCAGUCUCGAUGCGUAAGCAGCUUGGCGACCGUCUGCCCACUUUCACGGAGGAGGAGAAGGCUUUAGUCAAGGGUUCAAACGACUUUUAUGGAAUGAACUGCUACACGGCCAACUACAUCAGGCACAAGGAAGGAGAGCCGGCCGAGGACGAUUACCUUGGAAACCUGGAACAGUUGUUCUACAACAAGGCGGGCGAAUGCAUCGGCCCGGAGACACAGUCACCGUGGCUUCGUCCAAACGCACAAGGGUUCCGAGAGCUGCUCGUUUGGCUCAGCAAGCGUUACAACUACCCCAAGAUCUUGGUUACGGAGAAUGGCACGUCGGUCAAGGGCGAGAACGAUAUGCCGCUCGAGAAGAUCCUCGAGGAUGACUUCCGGGUCCAGUACUACGACGAUUAUGUCAAGGCUUUGGCCAAGGCUUAUUCCGAGGAUGGUGUAAACGUCCGCGGGUACUCAGCUUGGUCGUUGAUGGACAACUUUGAGUGGGCCGAGGGCUACGAGACCAGGUUUGGUGUCACCUUUGUCGACUACGAGAACGGCCAGAAGCGUUACCCCAAGAAGAGCGCCAAGGCAAUGAAGCCGUUGUUUGACAGCCUCAUCGAAAAAGACUAGACUCUACAUGGAGCCAAUGCGAAUGGUAUGGAUUUAUGGGCGUUCUAGGGUGCCUGCGAGCGGUUUCAGGUUCAACGAACAGUCUGCGAGCGGCUAUGAUUUUUCUAUUUUAUUUUUAUCUGUUGCGCAAAUUUCUUGAGCAAAUAAAUGGCUUGUUUAUCUUCUUUCUCUCUUUCGCGCUUAAUUCCCAUAUCUGAUUUUCCCCCCUCUUUGUUUUGGAAAUGACAUACCUUAAAUACAUGGUCAUCUAAACAGGCAAAAACUAAGACAUUGAGUAUUGUCUUCUUGCAAUCUUGAAAUACCGGGAGGCUUGGCCUCGAUAUGCAGACAUCAUAUCAUAUCUGUCUGUAUACAUCGUAUAUAUAGAUAGAUAGAUACCUUACAACAGUAUUGAAUCUGCU